UCUUUUCUUUGUUUUUCUGUGUUCUCUUGCAAAUCUAAAACGUUUUAUUUUUUCCCUUUUACAGCGUCUACUGGCUCCCCGACGGUUAGUCCUUUACAUCAGCGGUCAGACUUAAUAUGCCAGCCAAACUCGCUCGUCAUUUCCCUGCCAGACACACUGUUUCCAGAGCAACGUAACAUUACGUGGAAAGAAGAUACUUGCAGAGUUACCUACAACGGGAGCCAUUACGUCAGUGAUAUUUCAUUAACUGACUGCGGAACCACUGUUCUUAUUGAAAACGAUACAGUCAUAUUUUCAAACGAACUGAUUGUACAUAAAGUAGCAGACGACAAUCAUGCCGCUAAAGAAAGGGAAACCAACAGCAUAACAUUCGGGGAAAACUACGAAACUGUCAUUCCAGUGAAAUGUAUUUAUCCAAGAUUAAAUAACGUGUCUACAAAUUACUCUCCUGUUAAACAAAAUGUGAGAUUUAUCGAGAAAAGAUAUGGAACGCUUGACGUCGCCAUGCAACAGUUUGAAGAUGAGCGGUUUGAGAAGUCGUUUGGUACAGACAGCUUUCCGAGGAAAGUGCCUUUGAACGAUGAUGUAUUUAUUCGAGUUGGACUAAACUUCGAACCGAACAGUGUCCGUGUUAUCACAGACAAAUGUAUAGCCACGUCAUCGCCGUCAUGUGCCGAUUCUAACUGGCAACCACUUAUCAUAUCCGGGUGUCCAAAAGACAGUGUAAGUCUGCUAUCAACGAAUGUGUCCAGUGAUGUCAGAUUCUCGUUCAAGGCGUUCGACUUCCGCCAUAAUUCAUCUGGCUUCGUCUAUAUACACUGUGAAGUUUCUGUAUGUGGGACAGACGACAUUUCGUGUAUCAUGGGAUGUGCGUCACGAGCGAAGAGAUCUGCAAGCAGCCGACAAGGAUCGCAUUUGGUUUCAACCGGCCCUCUGUUAAUUGAAAGACAGGACGAUAAAGAAGUGGUUACUAUGCCAACAGUGCUUGUGGUCGUCUGUGCAGUGGUAGCCAUGGCGUCUCUAAUAGUGGCUAUAGUGGGCUCGACAAGAAAACACCGGACUAUUAGUGCAGCAAUAUAAACAUUAUACACUGAAAUUCAUAGAAAUAGUAACUUGAUGUAAUAUUAAUAUAUGACUUUCAUUGAUGAAAUCAAUUUGUGUUAUCAUUUCAACUUUUUCUAUUAAAAUGUAAGUUGGAAAUUGGCAUGUAUAUAAUAUUACAUUAAACGACACA